GGUGGGUUUUUGGUGUUCUUCUUCUUCCACUGAACAGUGAAGUAAACGCAGUCCCUCCCAGCAAAGCAUGUAUUAGGAAGAAAGAAAGUCAAAGAAAUGGAGGUUCUCUUACCAUUACCGAACAACUCCCUUCUUCUCCUCCCAAUCUCCAUCACCACAGGCAGAGGCAGAGCUGCUCCUAAACCUAAACGACGGCGUCACUGUUGUCGUUCGUCCGUCGAAGAAAUCCGCGUCUGCAACAACCGAACUUGCCGACGACAGGGCUCGCUCCAAACCCUAGAAACCCUCGCCGGUGUCGCUCCUCCGAGCGUCACUGUCAAGGCGUGCGGGUGCCUCGGCCGCUGUGGCUCCGGCCCCAACCUCGUCGCCCUCCCCGGCGGCGUCGUUUUCGGCCACUGCGCCACCGCCGCCCGCUCGGCAGAGGUCAUGGUGGUUCUCUGCGGGGCGGACCCGGACGAUGCAAAGAAGAGCCUUGAAGCUCUUGCGUUGAGGAAGAAAGCCGAAAUUGAGUUGGAGAAGGGGAGUUUUCUCAACGCUGAGUCGCUUCUUUCUCAGGCUAUAGAAUUAAAACCAAUUGGUGGUAUCAAUAUUAUAUACAAAGACAGGUCUCGCACACGAUUGGCAAUGAGCAAGUAUGCUGAAGCUCUUGAAGAUGCUAGAGAAGCUUUGACAUUUAGAACUCAGUAUGUUGAGGGCCAUAUUUGCCAGGGUGAUGCAUUUUUGGCUAUGAACCAAUUUGAUUUAGCUGAGAAGUCAUAUUUAACAGCUCUAGAUAUUGAUCCAUCUAUUCGACGUUCAAAAUCAUUCAAGGCUCGUGUUGCAAAGCUUCAGGAGAAACUGGCUUCUGUAAACAUGCCUUGACAUUAGCAAUGCAACUGAAGUUACUUGUGAGUCAAGAAACAAAACACGAAGACCAACGGCAGGGUUUGUUUGGUGGAUGAGAUUAGGGGGAGAAUUGGACGAGCUAAUCUCAGUCUGGUAGUCUUAUGUUUGGUGCAUCAUUUUGGUUAAGAUUAGCAAUCCCAUUCAAAUGAGUGGGAUAACUAGUCCUGUUGAACUUUGUGAAUUAUCAAUCCCAAGCUUACGGGGUAGGUCCACCUUUAUAAUAUUUUUCAUUUUUUUA